CUGGUUUCCCUCCUUCCCAUGCUACUAUAGCUGUAAGCUCUGCUCACGCCAACCUGCUGCAAAUCAUUGCUUUCUUAAUCAACUCUUUUAGAGAUUUCAUAAAUAAGGGGCUGAGUGUUGCUAGCGGGAAAUAAAUACGCUAUGUCGCAUCUCAAGAAGGAAAAUGGAUUAGAGAAUCAGAUAUUCAAGUGGGGUACUAAGAGGGGAGUUGGGCGGUUGAACAAAGAGAUACAGUUUUAUGAGUCAUUUACAUAUGAUGGAGUUAAAUACUGUCUUCACGAUUGUGUAUGCUUUUACCGUGAAGGUGACUCCGGGACUAAUAUUGGUAAACUUGUGCAAAUCUUUGAGACUGCAGCCCAUGAAAGGAUGGUGAGGGCAGUGUGGUUCUUUUCUCCCAAGGACAUACGCAAUUUCUUGGGAGAUUAUAAGCCAAACAGGAAUGAGUUAUUUUUGGCUUCUGGCAAGGGUAAAGGCCUUAGCAAUGUUAAUCUUGUGGAAUCAAUUGUUGGGAAAUGUAAUGUUGUUUGUGCAUCAAAUGACCAGAGAAAUCCUCAAGCAUCUGAACAACAGUUGGAAAUGGCUGACUACAUUUUUUACCGUUCUUUUGAUGUUGGAACAUGCAGAAUAUCUGAGAGCUUUGCAGAUCAGAUCUGUGGAUUUAAAGUGGAGCUUUAUUUCAAUAAAAGAAGAAAUCAGAUGCUCGGCAAUCCUGGAACUCUCGAGCCAAAAGUAAAAGAAUUGACUGGAAAAUCAAUAGUUUUGGAAAAAAUGAAUCGUCAUGCAGUAAAGGAUGGCAAGUAUGGACGCAGCAGCCCAGUGGUUAAAGAAUCCAAGACUCAUACAAAUAUGGAUGACAAGCAACACUUUUCAAACAAGCCCUACAAAUCGAAGUUCUCCGAGGAUCCCUGGCCUCCAAAUGCAUCAUGUACCCAUCCUUAUAAGAGAAGAAAGCUUCUGGGUGAAAAGGCAUGCCAAAUUUCUGAUGAAGUAGGUUUUGGAUUUCGACAAGAUAGUGGUGUAAAAACUGUCAACAAAUCUGUGCAGGGUACUCGAAACCUGGAUUCUUGACAAGGGAAGGAAUUAGAAGAAAUCAGAAACCAGCUGAAGAAGAAAUGUAACAAGUGACAUCUGGAAGCAUCAAGUCCAUGAGUGAGACUUUGCUCAGUUGAUAAUCUGAUUUCGCUGUGGAUGCUAUUGCUUUUGCAGGAACUUGUCUUUUGUUUUUGUGAAUUCUGGUGGAUACAUUGGCAUACACAAGUGAUUUUGGGAAUUGUGGUGGACAGAUAGGCAUGCACCCGUACAUAAAAUGUGCAAAUAACAGAAGAUUUUCCUAUUAUUCUGCUCCCCAUUUUUUUUUUGUUUGCCUGAUUAAAAGAACUCUAUUUAGCUUU